AUGUGGCGUUUACGAUGGAAUGUUCUAAUCCAUCUGUCGCGUCUGGGAAUGAGUUAUGAGUGUUUCGCUCCGGACAAACUUCAGACUGAAGUCAUCGAUCAUAUUACAGGAGAUAAAUUAAAUGAAACUCGAGGGAAGAUUUCUCGGCUAAAGGAUUUUAAGAUUGGCGAUUUCUGCGCCCUGACCAUUCCAGGAGGCUUUGGUGCAGCCAAAAAUUUGUCGAAUUUCGGGAAUGCUUUUUCAAAAUGCGAAGUUGAUGGUGAUGUUGCUCGAUUCAUCAUGGAGUUUCAUGCGGCUUCCAAACCAAUAGGGUAA